CCACUAUGCACUGCGCUACAUCGGCGCACAUAGUAUACGGAAGAAGGGAGUUUUGGGAGAAACGUGAUUUCAAUCGGCUUGCAAUAAUGGAUAGCAUUUGCCUCGAAAGUUUAAUUUUGAAGCUGCAUGAUGUUCAAGCAGUAAAAUUUGGCGAAUACAAACUGAAGAGUGGAAUGAUGACUCCGAUCUAUAUUGAUCUUCGAGUAAUAGUCUCACACCCAUCUCUCAUGAAUCAGGUGUCAACAGUUAUUUAUCAACGUGCAAAGGCUGAAGAGCUGGAAUAUAACUCCGUUUGUGGUGUACCUUACACGGCUCUACCCCUAGCAACAAUCAUUUGUUCCCGACAUGAACUCCCCAUGCUCAUUCGGCGUAAAGAAGCAAAGGACUAUGGAACCAAGCGGAUGGUUGAAGGAACCAUCCAUCCUGGGGACACCUGCCUGAUCAUUGAGGAUGUGGUAACUACUGGCAGCAGUAUCCUGGAGACGGCUGUGGUGCUUCAGAAGGAGGGCUUAAAAGUCACAGACGCCAUCGUCCUGAUGGACCGGGAUCAGGGGGGUAUUGACAUGCUAGGGUCAGAGGGCAUCACACUCCACCCCGUCAUCUCCAUGGCCAAACUCGUCAACGUCCUGCUUAAGGCGGAACGCAUCGACACCGACACCGCCCAGAGGGUCCGCAAAUUCAUCCAGGAGAACAACGUCUUUACGUCUGCCCGAGGGAAGAACGGAUCCAGUGGGAAUGGCUCGCCUGCCACUAAAAAGCCCUGUAUGAAGGAGGCGGAGAUGAGUUACGGGACACGGGCCCAGCUCCCACACACGCACCCCGUGGCCGCUCGGCUCCUGAAGGUGAUGGAGGAGAAGAAGAGCAACCUGUGUGUGUCUGCGGACGUGAUGAAAUGUGAGGAGCUGCUGCUGCUGGCUGACUCCCUGGGCCCAUUCAUCUGCCUCCUGAAGACCCAUGUAGACAUCCUGCAGGACUUUACCCCUGCCUUCUGCCAGUCACUGACGGAACUGGCCACCAAACACAACUUCCUCAUCUUCGAGGACCGCAAGUUUGCCGACAUUGGCAACACUGUCAAACAUCAAUACGAAGGUGGGCUGUAUCAGAUCUCCUCGUGGUCGAACAUGGUGAACGCCCAUGCUGUGCCGGGACCUGGCGUGGUGAGGGGACUGAGCGAGGUGGGCCGGCCUCUAGAGCGUGGCUGCCUCCUCAUAGCUGAGAUGAGCUCUCAGGGUUCCCUAGCAACGGGAGACUACACCCAGGCAGUGGUGAAGAUGGCAGAGGACCACUCUGAGUUUGUGUUUGGUUUCAUCUGUGGGUCCAAGAUCAGCCAGAAGCCAGAGUUCCUCCACUUGACCCCUGGAGUCCAGAUGCAGUCAGGAGGUGACAGUCUGGGCCAGCAGUACACCAGUCCUGAGGAUGUGAUUCUGAAAAAGGGCUCUGAUGUCAUCAUCGUGGGACGGGGUGUACUGGGUUCCCCUGACAGGAGGAAGGCUGCUGAGGAGUACAGAAAAUCAGGAUGGGAUGCCUAUACCAAGAGGCUGACUUCUGUUACCCAUUAAAAAACAGGAAGCACAUUAUUUAGGGGUGUGUUCAGAAGGGUGACAUUUUACAGAAAUAAAAAAUUGAAUUUGUGAAAGAUUAUAUACAUUAAAAAUACAGAAUUAAGUGGCAUAGGGUGAUGUGAGCAUUUCACCUUCAUGAAGGCACUCUUGCUGAAUGUCCAAUCUGCUAUCCAGACACACCUGUAGACUUUAUUUAGACUUUUUUUUCAGUAUUAAAAACCUUACUCUGUAGCUGUUUUGUCUCAAAAAGCAGUUGUUGGUGAUUUGUUUUGGGGUAGAUGUGCUAAUGUGAAUCCAUGUGACAAUUACCAUUCCAUCCAAAUCAGCUGGAACACCUGUUGGGGUCUUUUGCUGCUAGCUUUCCAACUCUACUGAGAAUCCUGCCACUAAAGGCCUAAAGAGCAGAAUGGUGAUUACAUUAUUUAUUUUUUUACUUUUUACAUCCUUUUUUGUCUACACAAGACUUGCGUGUAUAAGAUGGCCAAAGCUGGAAUAUUAGGAUGGAGUUUUAAUGUCGACAAAUUGAUAUUUUCCGUCCAUAUUUUCUUUCUGGUGGCAAUAAGAUUAAGGGUAUUUCACCAUGAUCUUUGUGUUAGAUUGACUUGUGUUCCUUUAAUGAUUUGU